UUGGUUGUUUUGUGCGGUGUGGUUUUCCUUCGCUUGAAGUAGCGUUUCGAGGAGGUGCUUUGGACGUUGUAUUUUGCCAGAAACAUGGAAAUGAGCAAAACGAUUGGCAUCGCGGCCGGUGUCGCCGGUACGCUGUUCCUCGGAUACUGCAUAUACUUCGACCACAAGCGGAGGAAGGACCCGGAUUUCAAGAAGAAAUUGCGCGAGAGGCGAAAGGCCAAGAAGGUGGCAGGCUCGAGUGGUCCAAGGACAACACUCCCCAAUCUGACAGAUCACGAAGAAGUGCAAAGAUUCUUCCUGCAGGAGAUACAGACCGGUGAAUCGCUCAUUGCGGCCGGUGACAUCGAAAAUGGCGUGGAGCAUUUGGCCAACGCCAUCAUCGUCUGCGGUCAGCCAACGCAACUGCUACAGGUCCUCCAGCAAACGCUGCCAGCUCAGGUGUUCGCGCUACUGAUCACGCGCAUGCGACAGUACGGCAAUCAGGCGAGCGAAAACGAAAGGAUCAAGCUUCAGGAAAUGAACGACGAUCUGGAGUAAACGGCAAGCAAAACACACCAACCAACAUAGGGGGGAACACAAGGGAAUGGUCGUCGUCCGUGAUGGUUCCUUUUUAGCAGGGCAGUCGUAUUUCACCGGUAGAGAAACGGGUGGCGCGGGAGAACGAGUGGGAUUCGGAAAUAGAAUAAUGCAUGGGAAAAGGGAGGGCCAGUAGAAAGCGCACCAAAAAAAACAUCCCUAAACUAACGCUGCUGGAUCAAGCGUCGAUAUCAUCAUCUAAAGCAAUCGUAAACUAAUAAGCGCAC